AAACGACCUCAGGAACUUUUAUCUAUCUGGAAAGAUCUUUAUAUUCACAAAGUUAAGUUCUGAUGUAAGUUUUUUAAAAUGUUAAAAAAUAUCUAGAGAGUAAACUACGGCCCUUUGCGCACCCUUAAUCAUGGCUAAGCUAAUAGAGUACCAAACUAAAGAAGAGGCAGCAAAUUUUGUUGCUGAACACAUUGCAGAAUCCAUCAAUCAGUUUGCUCCAACUGAAAAAAAACCUUAUGUGUUGGGACUGCCCACCGGUUCAUCUCCGGAGCCAGUCUACGCAAAGUUAAUUGAGCUGUACAAGGCGGGGAAAGUGUCAUUUGAAAAUGUCGUUACCUUUAACAUGGAUGAAUAUUGUGGUCUUCCACCUACAAACGAUCAAUCAUACUUCUUCUUCAUGUAUGAAAAAUUCUUUAAUCACAUCGACAUCAAAAAAGAAAACAUUCAUAUUCUUAACGGUCUUGCGGAAGAUUAUAAAAACGAGUGUGAGCAGUACGAGCAGGAAAUUCUCAAGUAUGCACCAUUUCAAGUUUUCAUGGGAGGGAUUGGCCCCAACGGUCACAUUGCAUUCAAUGAAGCAGGUUCAAGUAGAAACUCAAUAACACGUAAAGUUAAGCUUCAGGAUUCUACGAUCAAAGCUAACUCGCGUUUCUUCAGUAACAGCCUUGAAAAGGUCCCUAAAUACGCUUUGAGUGUUGGUAUUUCAACCGUUCUUGAUAACUCCAAGGAAGUUAUUAUCUUGGUAUUCGGCAAAGCCAAGCAUGAAAUUUUGCAAAAAACCCUAGAAGCGCCAAUAAGCUCAACUAUCCCAAGUACGUUCCUCAGAGAGCACAAUAAUUGCCUACUAGUAUGCGAUAACGAUGCUGCGUCUGGUUAGCAGCCCUCUAGAUUUGUUAAUACGAUUAAUAUAAACUAAUAUACAUAAAACGGCCACUAUUCU